UUGUUCUGGUUUGAAUACAAAUGCCCAGUUUAAUAAAAGCUUUGGCGAUUUUGUGCGCUGUCCUAUCCGUUAGAGCUUUCUGCUCAAACGGAAACAAAGCAGGGGGUUCCCAAAAAAUUGUAAUUGAGAUGAAGGGGUUGAAUAAAACUAGGGACUGUCAAUUGGGAGAUCCUUUAACUCCGGAGAUUUCAAAUUUGCUUGAUGGCGCCUUUGCACGCGUAGUUAGGUACAGAUUUGGAAGAAGAGUUCCAAACGAUUACUUAAUAGUACGUAAUGAAACCUGUAAAAAAGUUGACCAACGCCAGGACAUCCACGCGAAUGUAAUUUUCCCGGAAACCGAAUGUCGGAAAACUAUUUCGUACGUUGAAAUUAUUGCCGCGCAGAGUAGGGAAUAUGGACAUGCUGAAUUGGUGCAUGGAGGCAUUGGCAAAUGUUACAUUUCAAUUGAAGUUGUGGCGAGAGAUGCAAAAUAUUUGACGCUUACGGUAGCCAUUUAUGGCAGAUGAUUUUUGUGACCAGGAAUUGUAAAACAAAUUAUAAUAUCUGAAGACGGAACUAAUUUCACAAGUCGCAAAGGUCAUAUGUGUUAUUGAAUUCAAAUUUGUUUUGGUAAUAAAGGGAAUUUUAUUGGCUCAAAAAAUUGUUAAUUCGGCGGAAAACAUAAAAUCAAAAGUCUGAGUAAGAGUAACUUAAUGGCAGAAAAACUUUCUGACAGAAUAUUAUGCUGCAAUUGGAAAUGAAGUGUUUACAUAGCAUGCAAUUUUCCAGCCC